AUGGCAAAACUCCAGUAUGAUCUUCUUUUUAAAAUAUUAGUAAUAGGUGAUUCUGGGGUUGGGAAGACUUCAAUCAUGCAAAGGUAUUGUGACCUUGACUUUAGUUCCGACUACAUUUCGACUGUCGGUGUUGAUUUUAAACCCAAAAUGCUCGAAGUUGGAGAAAAGAGGAUCAAGCUUCAGAUAUGGGAUACAGCGGGGCAAGAGAGAUUCAUGAACAUCACCGCUGCCUAUUUUCGAAAUACAACGGCGGUUUUAAUAGUAUACGAUGUUAACAAUCGGGUUUCUCUUGAACGCGUUCAAAUGUGGUACAGCGAAGUGAAAGAAAAGACGGGUAAAAACACGCCAGUCACUGUGAUAGUCGGCAACAAGAAAGAGGGCGACGUCGAACCUGUCGUGAAAAUCACUGAAGCGCAAGAAGUCGGCAAGAAGAUUGGGGGUGUAAAAGUGAUGGAAUGUAGUGCUAAAGAGGGGGUCGGCAUCACGGAAAUUUUCGAUUACGUCGUGGAAGAGGUUUUAAAGAAUAUGGAAAACGUCCCGCCUUUGGACGAUGAGAGAGAUGUUCAAUUGAAUAAUGAACAAACUAAAAAAGGUUGUUGUUAA